UGUUGUGCUGUACACCUCUUUGCCAGGAAACGGGCGCCGGAAAGUUCUCAAACAAGAUUACGUUUGUUAGGGCGGUAACGGCCUGCAUGGAUUGGGGAGGGGCGGUGGGAGAAGCGGACUGCUCUGAACCAUGGUAAUGAACUGUGGGUCGGCCUGUGAAGAGGCCCAGCUUUGCGGCACUGCCGUGCGAGCCUGCGCCGGGAGGCGGUUGUGUGACAGGUCGAAAACUACAUUUCCUAGCAUCCUCACGGUACCAGAACUACCUUACCCAAGAGCCUGAGCGCGAUUCAUCCAGCCUUUCGCCCUCCCCGGCCAGCUGGAAAACCGAGAACAUGUGGGGUCGCUGGGUUUGGCGGCUCCUGCGUUCUGAGGGCAGCGGGGGCCGCCGGGUUUCAACUCCUCGCGGGCUUUUUUCCCCGGCCCUGCGGAGAGUUUCUGCCACCAGUGUUGAUGUCCCCUGGGUGAGCCACAGCCACCACUGCUACCACCACCCCACCUCUCCAAUGGACUCUCCAAGACCAGCAGACUUCUUCACCACCACAACCAAGGAAGGAUAUGAUAUGAGGCGAGUGGACAUAACUCCUUUAGAACAAAGGAAAUUAACUUUUGAUACCCAUGCAUUGGUUCAGGACUUGGAAACUCAUGGUGAGAAACAUGGGUCCCUCAUGAAGGAGAAUAUCAGUAGCACUCAUAACAAAUUACCUAGUCAAGACAGUGUCAACAUUGUGAACAGAUUCGACAAAGCACAAGCAGAAACAAUUGUAUCAGCAUUAACCACUUUAUCAAAUGUCAGCCUGGAUACUAUCUAUAAGGAGAUGGUCACUCAAGCUCAACAGGAAGUAACAGUACAACAGUUAAUGGCUCAUUUGGACUCCAUCAGGAAAGACAUGGUCAUCCUAGAGAAAAGUGAAUUUGCAAAUCUGAGAGCAGAGAACCAGAAAAUGAAAAUUGAAUUAGAACAAGUUAAGCAACAACUGAUAAAUGAAACCAGUCGAAUCAGAGCAGAUAAUAAACUGGAUAUCAACCUAGAAAGGAGCAGAGUAACAGAUAUGAUCAAGAAAAGAAACUUAUGGAAGCAACCACAGAAUUUACCAAAAAUGAUACCAAAACCAGAGGUAUUAUUUCAGAGACUGGUAACAAAAUUGACACUGAAAUUGCUUCUUUAAAAACCCUAAUGGAGUCUAACAAACUUGAGACAAUUCGUUACCUUGCAGCCUCUGUGUUUACUUGCCUGGCAAUAGCAUUGGGAUUUUAUAGACUCUGGAAAUAACAGUGAAACUACUAUGUUAUGCUCCUACUCCUGCUGCUGUUGACUUCUUAGAACAAACACUAUGCCAGGAUGGAUUUACUUUGAACACUGAAAGUUGCAGUAGAAACUUAGUAUGAGAUUAUUUAAAGUACAUAUGGACUAAAGGAAAUGUUUUAGAAUGGGAAGGUGUAUUUGGUCUUUGUUUUUUAUAUAUGUCUUUAUUAUAUUGAAAAGAUGCUAUUCAAAACCUGACUGAUUUGAGAUAGGCCUUUCGUCUUUAUCCUUUUGAUAGCUCAUAGAAACUGAACCAGAGUUUUCUAGUUUGCUUGAACAACUGUAAAUCACACAGAAUUUCUUUGGUAUGUACUGUAAAUUUGUUUAGUUAUAAAUAGGAAAUCACAGAGCAGUCAAAAGACUGACCUUGUAUGGUCCAGUGAGUAAGAAUCAGAGGCUCUCCAACUAAAUUUUUUUCAAAGAUCUAACAGCUAGGUUGUUUUCAAAACAAAACUUUCUGUAUUUUAACAUUAUCUUGUAUUUUCAUUCAAAAUAUCUCAGAAUCCUCUCACCUAAGAAAAUUCUUGGCCACUGUAGAUAAAUUUGUAUUAGAUUAUUAAAUAAAGACCAUAUAGGUUCCAUUGUAAUAAACUCUACAGUACAUUUGCUCACUCAAUAAAUAAGAAUGCCUGCUAUGGGCCAGACAGCAUACUGGUACCCAUGUACACAGAGCUGAACAUGGCCUCCUUAUCAUGAAACUGACAGCCUUAGUUGGAGAAGACAGACAGUAAACAGGUAAAUUAUUCAUUUGUUACAAUUUAAAAUAUGCUGAAAUAUUAAGAGGGAAUACUUUCCUCUAUGUGAAGGAAGCUCCAGUAGCAUAACAUUGUAAUCAUUCUUCCUUCAACCACCCUGCCCCAGGUGAUUAAGUGAGGUGAAAUGAGAAACAAGGCCCACGUAGCCCAGCCACUUCUCCCCAUUCCUGUUUGGGAUCAGCCUGUUUUACAGAGAGCAUUCGUUCUGUUUGCUCUUGGGGGAUCAAGUUCACCUCUUCAGGGUGAGGCCUGCUGUAGUACAGUGAUACUUGAGACAAGGUAAGUCUGUCUGUCCAAUUUGGGGAUCAGUGAUAAGCUUACUGGACUGAAGAUACUAACAGUAUUCUCCAGUAUCAGUUUAAUCAGUAAAUAAAGGUAUUAUUUAGGUCCUUACAUCAGUUCAUUUUUUUUUUGAGUUUAUUUUUGUAUAUGGUGUUAGAGAAUGUUCUCAUUUCAUUCUUUUACAUGUAGCUGUCCAGUUUUCCCAGCACCACUUAUCGAAGACUGUCUUUUCUCCAUGGUAUAUUCUUGCCUCCUCUGUCAAAGAUUAAUUGACCAUAGGUACGUGAGUUUAUUUCUCAGCUCUCUUUUCUGUUCCAUGGAUCCAGAUGUCUGUUUUUGUGCUAAUACCACACUCUUUUGAUUACUGUAGCUUUGUAGUAUUGUGUGAAGUCUGUGAGGGUUAUGCCUCCAGGUUUGUUCUUUUUCCUCAGAAUUGCUUUGGCAGUUCUGGGUUUUGUUUUGUUUUGUUUUGGUUCCAUAUAAAUUUUAGGAUUGUUUGUCCUAAUUCUGUGAAAAAUGUCAUGGGUUGUGGUCAGAAGAGAUGUUUGAAAUAGCUUCCAUCCUCUUAAAUUAGUUCAGGCUUAUUUUGUGUCGUAGUAUGUAGUCUAUCCUAGAGAAUGUUCCAUGUGUGCUUGAAAAGAAUGUGUAAUACCACUUUUUUUUGAUGUUAUGCCCUGAAGAUAUCAAUUAAGUCUAACUGUUCUAUUUUGUCAUUUAGGAUCUCUAUUGCCUUAUUGAUUUUCUGUCUCGAAGAUCUGUCCAUUGAUAACAGUGCAGCGUUAAAGUCUCCUACUAUUAUCAUAGUUCUGUCAAUUUCUCCCUUUAUGUCUGGUAGUAUUUAUGUAUUUAGGUGCUCCUAUAUUGGGUGUAUAUAUGUUAAUGAAUGUACUGUCCUCUUCUUGUAUUGAUCCUCUUAUCAUUUUAUAGUGUCCUUCUUUAUGGCCUUUGUUUUUUAAAGUCUAUUCUGUCUUAUAUGAAUAUUGACCCACGCUUUCUUAUCUCCAUUUGUGUGAAAUAUCUUUUUCUACCCCCUCAUUUUCAGUCUAUGUGUAUCCUUUGCUCUAAAGUGGGUGUAUAUUUAUGGCCAUUUUAAACCUUGUUUUCCAGUUGAUUUUGUAUUUCUUCUUUGUUCCUUUCUUUGUAUUUCCUUUUGUGGCUUGAGGUUUUCUUUUGUAUUAUACUUGAGUAUCUUUCUUUUGGGUUUUUGUGAAUCUGUUGUAUGUUUUUGAUUUGUGGUUACCCUGCUUUUCAAGUAUGUUAAACUGUCACUAUAUCGCCUUGCUUUAGACUGGUAGUCACAUAAGCUCAAAUACAUUCUAAAAGAUCUACAUUUCUUACUCUCCUACAUUUUGUGACUUUGAUGUCCUGUUUUACAUCUUCAUGCUUAUCCUUUUCUGUUCAUUGUAGUUAUAAUCACUUUCAUUUUUUGGAUUUUUUUUAACCUGUGUACUAUCUUAUUUAAGGGAUCUUCAAUCCUUUUAUAUAUUUACCUUUCCUAUUGUGAUUUUUUUCUUUCCUAUAUAUUCUUGCUUGCUUUCUAUUUAGAGAAGACCUUUCAAUAUUUCUUUUAAGAUACGUUUAGCAUUGCUGUUUAUUGUUUUAAUUUUUGCUUGUCUGAGAAAUUCUUUCUCUCUCCUUCUAUUCUAAAUGAAAGUCUUGCUGGGUAGAGUAUCCUAGGUUGCAGGCUUUUCCCUUUCAGGACUUAGAAUACAUCUUGCAAUUUCCUUUUGGCCAGCAAAGUUUCUGUAGAGAAAUCAUCUGAUAGCCUUAUGAGGGUUCCCUUAUAACUGACUGUUUUUCACUUGCUGCCUUUAGAAUCCUCUCUUUAACUUUUACCAUUUUAAUUAUGAUAUGUCUUGGAGUAGGCCUGUUUGAGUUCAUCUUGUUUAGUACCCUCUGUGUUUCCUGUACCUGAAUAUCUAUUACCUUCUUUAGGUUUGGGAAGUUUUCAGCCAUAACUUAUUCAAAUACAUUUUCAAUCCCCUUUUCUCUUUCUUCUUCUGGGAACUUAUUAGGCAUAGUAGAUUGGCAUGCUUUAUAUUAUCCCAUAAAUAUCGUAUGUUCUGUCUGCUGUUUUGAUUGGGUGAUUGCCAUUAUUCUAUCUUCCAGAUCACUUAUUUGUUCUGCAUUAUUUAGUUUGCUAUUUAUUGCCUUUAGCUCAGUUUUCAUCUUGGCAAUUGAAUUGUCUAAUUUUGAUUGGCUCCUCUUUCUAGUUUCUAGUUCCUUGUUACAGUGAUCUACAUUUCUAUCAAUAACUGUUCUUAAUUCCUUCAGCAUUUUUAUUACCUCCUUUUAGAACUCAGGGUCUGGUAGACUGGAGAGGUUUGUUUCACUGUUCUUUCAGGGGAUUUCUCUUGUUCUUUCAAUUGGGAGUAAUUCCUUUGCUUCUUUUUUUCUUAUAUUUCUCUGUGAAUUUAGGAGAAGCAGUCAUCUACAGUGGUCUUGAAGGGCUGUUUUUAUGAGGGAACAUUCUGUGUAGCCUGCUUGAAUCCAAUUCUUUGAUGCAAGGACUAUUUUUAGUAUGGAUGCUUGCCACAUCCUUCCUUGGUGUGUGCUGGCCAUUAUCCCCUUGAUAGGGGAUUGUGAUUGGUGGUGUGGUGACCAGAGCCCACACUGGAUAUUGGGCAAGGCCUCCUCUUUGCUCUGUGGAUGUCACAGCCCUAUUGGGGGCAGGAUCUGCUCCCCCGUUGUUUAGUGGAAAUCCCCAGAUCAGGUUCUAAACUGUGGUGUGAAGCAGGCAGGACUGGAGCACUCCCUCUGGGAAAGGAGCUACUGCGUGUUCCUCCUCAGGAGCUGCCUGCUGGGACGUGGGAUUUUGGGAUGCCACUAUAAUAAGUUCAGAGCAUAUGUGCUCACCAAGCCACUGGUGUGUAAACCCACUGGAGCUGCAUCCCCUGAGCCCAAAGACAAUUGGCCGGGGGGCCCUCAGGCACACGUGUGCCAUUACAGUCAGAAAAUUCACCAGAGCAAAGCUGCAUCCCAGCAACCACAGUGGGAUGGCCAGCAAUCAGUUCAGCUUUCAGCCCCACCUCCACAUGCAAACACCCCCACCUCCACAUGCAAACACCCCCAGUUAUGGUCCAGACCACAUUCCAGACCCUUUGGGCUGGGUCCGUGCAACCAAACUGAGUCCUCUCCUUGGGUCUGUCUGCUGAAGCCCAGGUUUCAGCACCCAGUUGCUGCACACACCAGCAGGUGCACAUCUCAGGCUGGGAAGUGCAGUGAUGGGGCCAGGAUCUUCUGCAUUGGUCUCUCAGUGUUGCCACAGACCAACUCCCAUACCCUCCACUCCAGCCUCUGAAGCUCCCUAUCUGUCCUGGCAUACCUCUCAGCCGGUGAAGGAGGUUCCCGGGGUGAGGUAAACAUUCUUCUUUCACAGCUCCCUCCCAAUUCCUCUGCUCUCUUUUCUCUUCAGCCUACCCAGUUACAUGGGGCUCUUUCUUGAAGCUUUGGUUGUAUGAGAUAUGGAAGCAUUCAGUAGGUAUUCUGUGAGAAUUGUUCCACAUGUAUGAGGGUGAGUCAAAAAUUAUCCGCAUUUCCUACCUCACUGGUACAGAGACUAGAGAUGUGUCUUGAGAAAACUGGAGCAAGUACAACCAAACUAUUUCCAAGGUUGGGAUUACUUUAGAGUCACCGGGCUAGAAGGAAAAAGUAAGGCUGUGUCUAGUCCCGAAGAUGAGGGAAAUGUUGGAUUUGGGAAUUCCAGUAGUGGUAAAGAAGAAUGCAGACUCUGAAAUUCCCUUCCUAAGGUUAGAAUCCUAGCUCCAUAUUGCUGUGUGACUCUGGGCGAAUUUCUUAAUCUCCAUGUAUAAAAUUCUCUCUCAUACAGCUGUGGUGAGAAUUAAGCAGUGAUACAUGUAAAGAAUUUGACACAGCUCACACACAUACCCAAUAAAUGUUGA